AUGGCGCGCGCGGGCGUGCGCGCGCGCGUGGCGGCGCUCGAGCGCGGCGCGCGGUCGGUGACGCCGCGUUCGGGCGUCGUGGACGUCGGGCGCGAUGGGCUGGACGUCGGGCGCGAUGGGCGCGCGUGGAGGUCGACGGGACGGUGGACGACGGCGACGGGCGCGUUGGCGCGGGUGACGGAGGACGUGCGAGGGAUUCGGACGCGAUUAUUCGGUGCGAAUGACGACGAUUCGGUCGGCGCGGACGGUGGGGACGCGUCGGUGACGGUGCGGUCGUCCUGGACGCGCGGAUUGGGUGGUCGAUGCGUCGCGGUGGAGGUUGAGAUGGAGGCGCGCGAACGGUUCGCGCGCGUGACGCGACGGUGUCGAAACGAAAUCGAAGACGUCGACGAGCGCCGACUCGAGCGUGCUCGGGCGUUGAUGCAGACGCGUCGCGCUCGGUUGGAUAAAGAGAGUCUGAUGUCAUCUCGCGCGCGAUCGAGUGGGGGGCGACUUUCGUCGCCUCUUCGCGUUCUGGAUGAGCAGGCGACGCUGCUCAAACGCGCGGCGUUGGAGAUUCUGAGACGCAACGCCGAGCGCGGACGGGCUCUCAGGAGGGCGGCGAACGACAUGUUGAUCAUUCGCCGUGGUCCAACGCUUCGUAAGGCGUUCGAAGGGUUGAGACAGAACGCCGAGGCGAACGCGCCUCGCACGCGCGCGGUGCUAGAGACGUGCGAGACGUUUGUCGCCGUUUCGGCUCGACGAAUGCGUCGAGCCGUUUUACGAGCUUGGGCCGACGCGGCGCGAGAGAGUGGCUUGGCGAAGACGUGCGCGGCGAUUCAUAACGUGCGGUGCGCGCAGGCGGCGCUGAGACACUGGGAGCUCUUUGUCGCUCGAGCCCAUUGGAAGCGAUGUGCGAACAAACUCGCAAGACGAUACGCCGACGGGCGUCUACGCGUAUCGGCGUUCAGCGCGUGGCUCCUGCAUCUUCGUCGCGCGAAGGAACGGCGCGUUGCCGUACGGGCGCGCAUGUUCGGGAUGUCGGUGCUGGAAGCGCAACGCGCGGUGCACGAAAAGCUCGAUCGAACGGCGCACGACGCCUCGCGCAUGAAGGGUGAGGAGUUGAGACUUUUAUUCGACGAGCGAUGUUUACGGAGUGCGCUACGAUCACAAAUCGUCGCGGCGGUGAAAUUUUCGCGCGCGUUGGAAGGUUUAAGGCGUUUCUCCGCCGACGACGAUGACGUUCUUUGGGCGUCGAGCGACGUCGCCGCAGUUCGCGGUAUCGGCGCCGCGCAGAACCACCUCGACGCCGGAUUCAGAAUGCGCGGGAGAAUGCACGUGGAUGCACGUGCAGAUCUAUCACGGAAUCGCGAAGAUGUCGCCGCGUCGCGUGUGGCGGCUUCGAUCGAGGAUGCUGAUGCCAGAGUGCCGUUGUAUGAAACGACAACGACGAUAGAUGUCGAAGCGCUUGGCGCUGAGGCUUUCGAGCGCUCGCGCGAGCACGAAGGCGCGUUAGCCGCCGCUCGCGAGGCGACUGCGAAGUGCGUGAGCGCGCGCAAGUUUGAACAUGAGACGAGCCUACGUGUGAGUCGUUUGGUCGCGAACGCGGAGUCACGUGCGAACGCCGCCACUCAGGGCGCACACGACGCAAUGGACGAAGCCGUCCAGGCUGAAUAUCUCGCCAUGGAGGCUGAAGAAAUCGCCGACGCGGCGGAGGCACGCGCCGACGCGCUCGCUGAAAACAAGAGUGUAGAUCCAACGGAGGUAUCCGCGGCGUUCGCCAGCGCUGCGGAUGCCGCGACGAGAGCCGUGACGAUGUCGUCCGCGCACGUCGCCGCGGCGAGAGUCGCCGAACGCGCGAUGGAUAUAGCCGAGGAGCAUCGAUGCGCAGCCGAACUUGUCAGAAAUCAAGCGGAUGAGGAUUUGGAGAGCGCUCGAGCGCGAGUACUAGAGGCGGAGGCUCUCGUGAUGGCGACGGCCAAGGCAGAGCGUGAGUUGAAACUGCGCGCUAUGCGAGCGACGGCGGAGCUUCGGAGACUCACCGGUGUGACAUCUUCCAAUGAACAUCGUGAUUACUUAGUGGAACGCGACGAAAAUAUCGUCUUUUCGCCGACGAAGCGUCGCGGUAUCGAUGAAAAGAAGGCGAGUAGACGGCUCUUGACGUGGGAGUCAUUCGGCGAUGGUGACGACGAGGACGAAAGCAUUGAUCUUCGCGGUAUCUCGCUUGUUCCGGGUCGUUGGGUCACGCUCGCCGAGUGUGCGACGCAAGCCUACGCCAAGCGUCUUGCGAAGAAAACCGUGCACGCUUUCGUCUUGAACGUCGAACAACAGUGUAGACGACGCGAGGCGGCGCUCUUGGCGUUGGCCAUGAUGGUCUUCACCGAGUGGCGAAACUUUGUGCGCGCCGUGACCUCGCGGCGGAAAAUCGUCGAAGAUAUCAUAAACGAGGUCAUCGAGGAGGAUCGGGAGCGUUGUUUGCGCGCGUGCGUGCUUGUGCUUCGGAAACACGCCGCUUGGCGUCGCGCACGAUGCGAUGAACUCAAACUGAGCCUUCGUCGCGUCGUCGCUCCCGAUACCACGCUCCCGGCGUUCACGCACUGGCGAACAAAGGUCGCUAACAUAUGCCUCGUGCGAAGAGUGGUCAAUCGCGCGAUCGAGGCGUGGAAAGCGCGCGGCAGCGGUCCUUCGCACGCCAACGCCUUUUAUCGCCAAUACGACUCUUUCGUCGCCUGGCGAAACGUCGUACGGUUCGAAAGAAAUCGCCGUCGAGCGACACGCGCCGCCGAUCAGUAUCGUCGCGUCACGCUCGCCCUUGGCGUGCUCAAAUCGUGGCGCGCCGUCGCUCGAGACGCUUCACAAGCGCGUCUCCGCUCCGUCUUCGACUUCAUCCAUCGAACGAGCCGCCGCCGCGCGCGAAGACUCUUCUUCGGCUGGCGCGCCGAGACCCUCCGCCGACGCAUCGCCGACGUCGCCUUAGAAUCACAUCAACGCGCUCGCACCCUUAGCGCGCUCGAUGCCUGGCGCGCCGUCACCGACGCCAGACGUCGUUCCGUCGGUCGCCGCGACGCGCCUAGUAGUUAG